AUGUAUCCAAAAUCCGAACACCUCCAGUCCGCUGUGGGCAACCGAACUAUACCACCAGCAAAAGGCUUAGCUUGGAGCGAAAGGCGGGAAGGAAAUCCCAUCUGUAGGGCUCUAUUUCGCUAUCAGAUUGUUGCAGUGUUCCUUGUACCCAAGGAAGAUGCAAUAGAACUUACAGUGGAGGAAAAUCCUGAACUAGUGUUUCAACCUCGAGUAACUUGCGAUAUCCUUGGACCAACUGGAUGGGGUGAUGCUUUCUGUGCAGGACAUUGCAUCUACCUGGGCUACGCAGGAGGAUGGUGCGAUGAUCGCAAAGUCUGCAACUGCAGGAAUUGAAAAAAAUAUAUUAUUUCUUACAAUGUAUGCUGAAUAAUCAUAUUAUCUUGAGAAAUAAUAAAAAUCUUCGUUUUCCUUAUACGAAAAAACUAGUUAUAUUUUGUUAACAGGUGAUUACAAUUAAUUUGAGAAGCUCGAUUAUAAU